AUGUCCGUCUUCAAGCGCCUGCGGACGACCCUCGCGACCUACGUGCCGGGCCUCGGCGCCGCGGAGUCCGACGACGGCCUCGACCCGCCGCCGAGCGACGACGACGUCUACAAGCGCUUCGGCAACAAGAGCAUCGGCGUCUGGUGCCCGGACCUCGGCAUGGCCAAGCUGCUGCGGACGCGCGGCAAGCAGCUGCGCACCAUGGGCGUGUCCAUCGACGGGUCCGUGUGCCUCUUCGGCGAGGAGGCGCUCUACCUCUGCGAGCGCGCGCUCCUCGUGCUGCUCCCGAGCGAGGACGCCGCGGAGCCGCUCCACGCGCGCGAGGUCUACGGCGUCUGCGUCGCCGGCGCGCCCGCCGCGCCGGCGGGCGAAGCGCCGGCCGCCGCGCCGGCGGGCGCCGCGCCGCCGCCGGCCGCGGCGGCGCCGCGGCACGCGCCGUGCCCGCUCCACUGCUACUGGGUCUACGCGCACCUCCGGAGCCUGGGCUACGCGUCGUUCCGCCGCCACGCGCAGGCCCGGGCCGACGGCGGCGACGCGGAGGCGCCGGCGCUCUGGCGCGCCGGGGACGCGGGGCCGCCGCCCGUCGCGUGGGAGGUGCACCAGCCGUCCGCGCAGUUCUCGAAGCGGCGCCUGCCGCCGCCGUCGUUCCUCGUCUUCGUCGCGCUCUACGGCGGCGCGCUGCCCCCCGUCGCCGACGUGUCGGCGCUCAUCGCGGCCUGCGCGCCCGCGGCCGUCAAGGCCGCCGUCGUCGCCGGCGACGGCACCGUGCUCAUCUUCGAGAUGAAGGCCGGCGUGCCCGACGCGGACGCGCAGUAA